UAAAGGAAAUUUAUUGAAUAAUUAUAUAAACCAUAAAAGUAAUAUUUGACCCCCAAUAAUUUGACGGGUCGAUUUUUUCUGAAUUCUAUCCAUAUUGCGAAAUACAUUAAUAUCAAUCCUUUAUUUGGUCAAUUAUUUUGACUAUAUAAGAAACCUCAAUAUUGAGAACUAUCAAUUCAAACCAUCACACAUUUUUCUCACCAUGAUGAAAACACUCUUGCUUGUGUUCAUUGCAACAAGCUUUUUUUCGCAAGCAUUUGCGCAAGAAAAGCGCAAAUGUAUCUUCAGUCCGAAAAUCACAAUCAAGGUAUUGAAUAAUCUCCCUCAGGGUUCCGGAUCGCUACAAAUGCACUGUGCGUCGAAGGACGAUGACCUGGGAAAUCGCACGCUCGCAGUUGGUGACGAGUUCGACUGGACCUUCUGCGACCAUUUCCUUAGCAAAACUUUAUUCUUUUGUCAUCUAUGGUGGGGUGCACGACAGAAAGCUUUUGAUGUCUACGAUAAGGAUCUUAGCCAAGGAAAACGGCACGAGUUCUAUCUGUGGGCUGCACAGAGCGAUGGUAUUUAUUUGGGCACCAGCGAUUCUACGCAAUCUUUAGUGAAAGUGUAUAGUUGGGACUGAUGCGUAUACGAUAUGAUGCUGUACUUUCUCUUUAAUCGUUUAUUAAAAAAAAACUGGCAAUGUGCACGUGUAACACAUAAUAUUGUAUCAAUAAAGAUGAAUGAAAUGCUACUUUGUAUUCCAUUUUUACGAAUACCGUUUCACUUUUGUGAAUAAAUAGUCAAUUAUCAAUUAUUAACUCAUUAUUUCG